AUGAACGACGAGAUAAAACAUUUUCCAGAGAAUGUACAAAAACUAUUAAUUGAUGCAAGAAUACCAAUGGAACAAUUAAAACCAAUUUAUUAUGAAUUGACUAUUGGUGAACAUUUUCCUGAUGAUUCUAUUCGAUUAAUUGAAGUUAACAAUUCAUUAAUUGAAGAAUUAGAUAAGAGUAAAAAACUAGUCAUUCGAGGAGCUCAUGAUGAUUUUGCUACAUUAUGUACAUCUGAUCAAGUAUUUGAAAUAAAAUCUGCUGAAACAUCGAAUACAUUAUUACUUGCUAGUCCACUUGAUUCUUCAUCGGUGAAUAAAGAAAAUGGAUGUAUUGCAUUAACAGUUAAUUCUAUUCUACAUUCAAAACUUGAAUUAACACAAUGUGUACCAAAAUUAAAACGUAUUCGUCAAUUAUUCGAAGAAAAUCCAUAUCGAGGACAUUUUGAUGAUGAAGAAAAUUCUACACGAAAAAUUACAAUAGAAAAUCUAAGAAAUGAAAUACAAGCAAGUGAUGAAGCAAUUGAUGCAUAUUUAAAAAAACUCAAUGUGAUAACAAUUAAUGGUCACUUACGAUUAUUGGAUUUUGAUUUUCGUACAAAACUUAUCGAAUAUAUUAUUUCAAUUAUAUCAAUUCAAGAUUGGUCAAAAGAUAAUAUUCCCAUUGAUAAAUGUGCUACUGAAAUGAGAGAAAUAUGUCCAAAAUAUGUAGCAAAACAAUUUCUUGAACAAAUAGGUACUAUUUCAAGUGAUGACAAUUCAAUUUCUUUGAAUAAAAAUACAAUUUCAACUCAUUAUGCAUUAGAUUUAUUACGAAACUUGGAAAAAAUGAAAUUAUCGGAAUUUAUGACAUGUUGGCGAGAAUGUGUACCAGCUGAAUUUCCAAUUGAUUUAGAACAAUUAAAAGAAUUUGUGAUUAUGUCUGAAGGUACUAUUUCUUAUAUUGACAUUGAUAAUCUUAGUGAAAAAGCUAAUGAACGAAUAAAAACAUUAUUUUCUCGAAAGAAUAAUUGGACAUUAUCUGAAUUAGAACCAUUUCUAUCUAGUUUAACAACAUCAAAUGCUGAAUUCAAUUCUUUAUUAGCAACACAUACACGUUGUAUUUUAAAAGAUGGACAAAAAUAUUAUGUUCCCAAAUAUGGUUAA